UUAUAUUAAAUAGAAGUACCCAAAAGUAUUCACAAAUAGUUCACUCACCGCUCAAAUUAGAAAAUUUAAAUUUAACAUUAAAUGUACAUGAACUGAUUUAGUAAAAUGGCUAGCGAAGAGGAAUCUAUGGCACGCAGCGAACGUUUAGCUCAGGUGGACGUCAAAGAUCUGCUGCCAACAUGUUUCAAUAAAAAGACCGUCACAAAGGCGGACUUUGUGAACCACAUGCAUGAUGGUCGCAUUUAUAAACCACAAAAGAUAAUUAAAAAGCAAACCGAUGCGGCUUUGAUAUCUGGACAUUAUGCGAACAAUCUUAAGGUUAAUAAUUUUGAAUUAAAGACGCGCACCUGGCCCUAUGCAAUGGACUGGCGUGAAGAAUAUCGCCAAUAUUUAAUGCGCACCAAAUGGUGCAACGAGGAUAUUUAUAAAUUGUUCUUUGAGUGCCCGCCAGUGCGUUUUGAUCAAGUCGAAGAUUUUUUGAGGGAUAUGCAGAAAACUCUUUACGGUUCAGACUAUUCGCCAAAUGACUAUGCGUCACUGCAUAGUCGGAAAACCACAAUAGCGGAUAUAUCAGAUCCGAGCCUUUCAUCCAAGGACAUUCAGACUACCUAUGGUAAUUACUAUAAUCGGCUCGAGGAGCUCAAUGCCUUGGGUGCAGCAUUGUAUCGGCGACCUGAACCCAAAAAUAUGUCCAUGGAGACAUUUGCCAAAAACAUGCGCAAGCUUUUCCGCAAAUAUGAUCUGAGUACAUACUAUGAAGAAGUCUGCGUACCCGCAUUGGUGACAGCAAAGGAUGGCAAAAUGCCUACAGGACCCAUCGAUCGUUACACGCUGCGCAAGUACUAAAAUUAUUAAGACAAUUCAAUAUUCAACUUACACGUGUUGCCAUUCGUGGAAAAGCGGCAGGAUGCGAUUGGAGCGA